GCCAUGAUGGAUCACUCGUAGAUCGGUGACGGAAGGUGAAAACAUGCGUGUCGUUUGGUGCUCUCUGCUCUUUGCUAUCAACGUAUUCGCGUUCGACUACAUAAACGUGCCGACCCUCGAGGAGUUCCUCGAGGAGCCAGUCGUGAAUGACAACAAGAUCGUGGGCGGCCAGGAGGCCGAUAUCAUCGACUAUCCCCACCAAGUGUCGUUUAUCUUCAACGAGAGCUACUUUUGUGGAGGCUUUAUUGUCAGCCAGAACUAUAUCGUGACGGCCGCGCAUUGCACUAAGAAUGUGGACCCAUCCACAAUAAUCCUUAGGGCUGGCAGUUCAUAUAGACAGAAUGGUACUAUAAUACCUAUCGCGGAGGUGUUCACACACCCUGAGUACGACAACCCUGAGUUUGACAAGGAUGUGGGAGUCUUGAGAACGCAUUACCCCAUAAACUUCACGAGUACCAUCCAGCCCAUUCGUCUGGCGCCGCUGGGUCGACGAAUGAGGGCCAGGACGUAUGUUGACGUCAGUGGAUGGGGCGCAACACAGGAAGGUAGUGCGCUUCCCGAUCGACUGAUGGAGGUGGAGCUCCAAGUGGUAUCGUAUCCAGAAUGUUUCAUGUCCUACUCCAUGUACUUGACCAGGAACAUGUUUUGCGCAGGAAACUUCUAUUUUGGCGGCGAGGCGACUUGCCAGGGUGAUUCGGGAGGAGUUGUGAUACAAGAUGGAUUGGCUUGUGGCAUUGUGUCAUUCGCCCGAGGCUGUGCUCGACCGUUAAACCCGAGUGUAUUUGCCAACAUAGCAGCAAGGCCUAUAAGAGAAUUCAUACGAAACCAUACAAAUUUACAAAUUGGAAAAAUGCAUGCCGUUUGGUGUUGCCUGCUCUUUGCGUUCAAUGUGUUCGCGUUGGACUACAUUAAUUCGCCGAACCUGGAGGAGUUCCUUGGGGAACCAGACAUGAAUGACAGCAGGGUUGUAGGCGGGGAGGAGGCCGACAUCGUCGACCAUCCCCAUCAAGUGUCGUUUGCCUUCAAUGGCACUAAGUUUUGUGGUGGGUUUAUUAUCAGCAAGCACUGGAUUGUGACAGCCGCCCAUUGCACUAGGAAUGUGGACCCUUCAACAAUAAUCCUCAGGGCUGGCAGUUCUUUUAGGCGUAACGGUACUAUCAUACCUAUCGCGGAGGUCUUCACGCAUCCAGAGUUCGACACCCCUAGGUUUAACAAAGAUGUGGCAGUUUUGAGGACCCAUUACCCCAUAAACUUCACUAAUACCAUUCAGCCGAUAGAGCUGGCACCGCUGGGCAGACGGAUGAGGGCCAGGACCUAUUUUAACGCUACAGGUUGGGGCGCAACUGAGGAAGGCGGUUCCAUUACCCAGCGACUGAUGGAGGUUGAGAUACCGGUGGUAUCGAAUACACAAUGUAGGAUGUCUUAUCCAAGGUUAUUAACAAGGAACAUGUUCUGCGGCGGGAACUACUAUAUGGGCGGCCAGGGGACUUGCCAGGGUGAUUCCGGCGGAGCCGCGGUGCAAAAUGGUUUGGCUUGUGGCAUAGUGUCGUUUGCUAGAGGCUGCGCCCGACCAUUCUACCCGAACGUAUUUACCAACAUAGCAGCAAGGGAUGUGAGAGAAUUCAUUAGAAAUCACACCAGUUUGUAA